CUUCCGCGUUAAGACCACAACAAGUGCCAAUGGAAUGUGUGGGAUUUUGAUUAAUUUAAAAGAUACUGGACUCGCAAUUUGGUAAAUUAAGCUGUGUUUGAUAUGGUAAUGUUCAAUGCGUAUUAUAAAGAUAACCAAAUAUGACAAGAAAGUAACAAACGUGUUGGUUUAACAUAUCACUCCGCAAACCGCCAUUGUUACAAAGAAAACACAAAGUUAUGUGUAUUCGCUAUCUAAGGAAUGUGUGUAAAAUUAAUUAAUGGAAUUUAUGAGAUUGACAUUAUAGUGUGGAACAAGAUGGAUUUUAUUUGAAUAAUUAGGAUAUAAACAAUGGUAAAAUAUUGAAGAAUUGGUAAUAUUGAAUUAAUUUUGGGUAAAUAUCAGCGUGUGAAACACAUUCCUGUGUGUGGACCGUAUCAAAACAAUACAUAAAUGAUAAUGGCCAAUCUACAGUCAUUAGAGCAGGAGACUGCACGAAUCAGAAUGAUGCAGAGUCAUAAGUCUUCGCCAGCAAAUCUAUUAUCAAAUUCAGAUAGAUAUCUUAAAUUUGAAAGCUUAACACAACAAAACAAAUUGCCACCAAAACCUGGGGGUCAGAUUGAGGGUCAAGUUGAACAAGGACAUCAAAUGAAUCCUGGAAAUAUUAAUGAAAUGAAUAGAAGUAUUUACAUUUCUCGUCAGGCAUAUCCAGCACCUAGUCAUGAGUAUAUGUUGAAUCAACAUUUCUCUCAAAAUAUGACAGUCACCAACAACCCACAUGUGAUGGCAAAUUCUCAACACAAUUUGAAUUACAAGGUUGUGAAGCAGGGUACGGAUCAUUAUAAUUCCACAUUGAAUUACAGCAGUGGUGGAGACUCAAAGAAUUCCAGUCCAAGGACUAGUAUGAUUAACUCGCACCCUCCACCACCAUAUGAUCAACAGAAAUUUGGAAGUCCUAGAUCAAGUUUAGCCAGUCCACGUUCAAGCAUUAGUGGCGCUUCAUUGGAAAGUAAACAUUCAAGCCCAAGAACAAGUUUAGCUGGAAUGUCUGGUGUGAUGUAUGACAAAUUUCCUAGUCCGCGAACCAGUGUUGUGUUAUCGCAGGAUCAUGGAGUACCUAAUUCAUACGGACAUACUUUUUAUCAAGGUGUUCCACAAAAUGUUGCACAUCGGAAUAUGUCUUUAAUGAAUGAAAGUAGAUUUAAUGAACAUGCUCCUCCGCAUAUUCAACAUCAUGUGCCUGGUGUCCAUAUGACAAAUAAUAAUAAUGAUAUAAUUUAUCAACAUAGACAACAUUCGUCAUCUCCACAUAAUAGUGUUUCUAAUCUUACUGGAAUACAAAAUGAGUCCCAUAUAGGACAGUCCCAAACUUUUACACCUCCACCUGCAAUACCUGCACGAGUUCCCAUUCACCAGAAUGGUAUUCAUCAGAAUCAUUUGGAUGCUGAACAAACUUUGGCAACAUUAACUCAACAGUUACAGGAAAAUAUGAGAAUAACAACGUCUCGUAAAAAUUCUUUAGAAUCGCCAGUACCUAAAAAUCCACCUCCUCCAUAUCAUGGUCCUCAUAAAACUGAACCUGUGCCAGUUAUACCACCGAGAAAUCCACGUUACACACAGACAUCACAACCUACUUCACAACAGAGAAUGUUUGCUCCGGGAGUGGUGUCACAGUCGUCUGGUCACAUGGGACGAACACCACCGUCAGCAGCAGUUCGUCCUCAAGCUCAAUUACCUUACAGUGUAACACCACCUUCAAAAGGUCCCACAGAAGCAGAGAAAAAAAUAGCAGCAUUAACUCAACAGUUAGAGGAUGAAUUUGAAAAGACACCUCAGGGUGAAUAUUUUGGUCAAUGCUUUAAAUGUGGUGAGAGGGUUACCGGAGCCAGUGAUGCAUGUCAGGCCAUGAACAACCUGUACCAUACCAAAUGUUUUGUCUGUUGUUCAUGUGGUCGAACGUUACGAGGGAAAGCUUUCUAUAAUGUUCACGGAAGGGUGUAUUGUGAAGAAGACUAUUUAUAUUCUGGUUUUCAACAAACGGCAGAAAAAUGUUGUGUUUGUGGUCAUCUUAUAAUGGAAAUGAUAUUACAAGCUAUGGGUAAAUCAUAUCAUCCCGGCUGUUUUAGGUGUUGUGUAUGUAAUGACUGUCUCGAUGGAGUUCCAUUCACGAUAGACGUAGACAAUAAAAUCUAUUGUAUUGAGGAUUACCAUAGAACAUAUGCACCAAAAUGUGCGGCUUGUGGACAAGCUAUAACACCGGUAGAGGGUACAGAGGAAACCGUUCGUGUUGUAUCUAUGGACAAAGAUUAUCAUGUUGACUGCUACCAUUGUGAGGAUUGUGGUCUCCAGCUAACAGAUGAGCCAGGCAAACGUUGCUAUCCAAUUGAGGAUCAUCUAUGGUGUCAUAGCUGUCAUAUAAAACGUCUCUCCGUCAUGUUUCCAGAGGAACAGUUCUAUUUUGAUCCAUACACUCAUAAUAUACAGAACAAACUGACAAGUGAUUCAUCAGGUAAACAAAGAGACAGCAUUGCUAUAAUGCCUGCCUCACUGGAAUCAUACCCUGGUCGACCAGGUCCUCCACCAGCUAAGCCAACACAGAACGGAGGGAAUUAUGGGUACAGCAGUCCUGGUCCUUAUGGCCAACAGCCGAUUCAACAAGGUCCACCGACGAAACGUGCUUCACAUCAUUACCAAGUCACAGAUCUAUGAACAAUUUGUUGAUAAAUAAUCUGUUUGUUAAUGUAUUGUCAUCUUUAUAGUGCUACAGCCUGCAUGAAUGAAAUCUAUUAGGCUAACUAAUGCUUUAAAGAAAUAUUGUCAAAUAAAAAAAACGU